AUGUCGGCGCUGUUCUCCGGCCGGACCCUCCUGCGCAACAGCGCGAGUCAGGACGCGCUGGACACGGAGGCCGAGCUGAGCCGGCAGCUGGACAACCGCCUGGUGCUGCUGGUUUUCGGGGCUGCCGGCUGCCCUCGGACCCGCGCCUUCGCGCCCGCGCUGCGCGACUUCUUCGUGCGGCUCACCGACGAGUUCUACGUGCUGCGGGCGGCGCAGCUGGCGCUGGUCUACGUGUCCCAGGACCCCUCGGCCGAGCAGCAGCGCCGCUUCCUGCGCGACAUGCCUGCGCGCUGGCUCUACCUGCCCUUCCAGGACGAGCUCCGGCGGGAGCUCCGGCGCCGCUUCUCGGUGGAGCGCCUGCCCGCCGUGGUGGUGCUGGAGCCGGGCGGCGCGGUGCUGAGCCGGGACGCGGCGGCCGAGAUCGAGCGGCUGGGCCCCGCCUGCUUCGCCAACUGGCAGGAGGCGGCCGAGCUGCUGGACCGCAGCUUCCUGCUGCCCGAGGACCCCGAGGACCCCGCGCCCCGCAGCCUCACCGAGCCGCUGCGCCGCCGGAAGUACCGGGUGCCCCGGGAGGAGGCCCGGGGGGACCCCGGACACGGAGACGGAGACGGAGGCGGCGCCCAGGGCCCGUUCUGA